CCUAGAAUCAGAGAAGACCCGGGCUCCCUCCCAGCUCUACCUCUGUCGGUGUGACCUGGGGCUCCUUCCCUAGGCCUCCUUAGAGGCUGUUGUGAGGUGCCAGUGAAACAAUCAGAGCUGGCCUUUUAUUGAGCAUCUGCUGCGCCCCAAGCUCCUUACACCAUCCCAAUGACACCUGCAGGUCAGUGCUAUUCCUGGCCUCAUUUACAGAGGAGGAAACUGAGGCUGGGAGAGGCACAGUGAUUUUCCUGGGAUAGUAAAUGGCAGAGCUGGGACAGGAACCUCCACUGCCACCAGGUGCUGCAGAUACACCAGCUCUGUAGCUUAGCUUUCCAAUAACCACAGGAGGGUGACCAGACACCACAAGCCAUGGCUGUGGGGAACAUCAACGAGCUGCCUGAAAACAUCCUGCUGGAGCUGUUCACGCACGUGCCCGCACGCCAGCUGCUGCUGCGCUGCCGCCUGGUCUGCAGCCUCUGGCGAGACCUCAUUGACCUGGUGACCCUCUGGAAGCGCAAGUGCCUGCGUGAGGGCUUCAUCACCGAGGACUGGGACCAGCCUGUGGCCGACUGGAAGAUUUUCUACUUCCUACGUAGCCUCCACAGGAACCUGCUGCACAACCCGUGCGCUGAAGAGGGGUUUGAGUUCUGGAGCCUGGACGUGAAUGGAGGUGAUGAGUGGAAGGUGGAAGAUCUUUCUAGAGACCAGAGGAACGAAUUCCCCAAUGACCAGGUCAAGAAAUACUUCGUGACUUCUUAUUACACCUGCCUCAAGUCCCAGGUGGUGGACCUCAAGGCCGAAGGGUAUUGGGAGGAGCUGAUGGACACCACACGGCCGGACAUCGAGGUCAAGGACUGGUUCGCAGCCAGGCCGGAUUGCGGGUCCAAGUACCAGCUGUGCGUUCAGCUCCUGUCAUCCGCGCAUGCACCUCUGGGGACCUUCCAGCCAGAUCCAGUGAUGAUCCAGCAGAAGAGCGACGCCAAGUGGAGAGAGGUCUCCCACACGUUCUCCAACUACCCACCCGGCGUCCGCUACAUCUGGUUUCAGCACGGCGGCGUGGACACUCACUACUGGGCCGGCUGGUACGGCCCGAGGGUCACCAACAGCAGCAUCACCAUCGGGCCCCCACUGCCCUGACACCCCCUGAGCCCCCAUCCACAGAACCCUAACUGGUAAAUUGCUGUCAGAGAAGGGCUGGGCUUUGGGAAGGGGAGGUGGAGGCCAGGCACCCCCAGACCUCUUAGUUCACUUUUGGCCCCAGUUGCGUCUUCUUUGUGGAGCCCCUGAGCUUGAGCAGCCAUCACAUUCUGUGGAAGGCCAGCUCUCCACCUGAGAUCUCAACCUCAAACAUGGCAGGGGAGGCUUGCGUGGGCCCUUUUAAGAGAUGAAGCACUUGAGGUCAAGGAGGUGUGGAGUGUUCCCCCAGGCUCCUUCUAGAGUGGGUCGCCAAGCUCAGAUACCAGCCUAGAUCUGUGUCUUUACCUUCCCUACCUGGGACCUUUCUCCCUGUGUUUUUUGGGGGCUCUCAGGGCAGGUACAGGCAAGACAUCUGGCAAGCCUGUGGCUGCCUGGGAUAGUGAAGGUGCUGGGAGGUGACCCUGUAACUCUGGGAAGAUCUGGGAAGUAGGAGGGACCUGCUGGUCCAUCCUCUAGCCCCAUUCUGUGGCUCCUAAUCUUUCUCUCUGCCUGCCUGCUCAGAAGAGUUGACCCAGGCCUGGUAUCAGAUGGGCAGGCCCAGGGUAGGGUGGGGUUGGGUCCAGGCCAAGUGGGGACUGUCUUUAUUGUAAAUGAAGGCCCCACCCAGAUGUGUACUAAGUGGGGACAAGUUCUCCCCAGAGGACCCAGCGAAUCCUGUGCAGGGUGACCCAGGGUAGAGGGGCUGGGAUUGGGGCCUGAUUCUAAGAGCUGGGACAUGUGAGCCCUGGAUGAGUGCAGU